UGUCGUUCCCCUCCGCACCAGGGAACUGAGGCUGUAAGUUGAAAAAACCCGCUGAAAUAAAUGAAAUUCCCCGCAUUUAACAUGUGCCAUAAUCAGUGCGGUCUGUCUGAGAGUUCAUAUUAGGUGCAAGUUUUGAAAGUCUUGCACAGGAGGCAUACGGAGUUUUUAUAGAGAGAAUAAGCCCCUGUGAAUGCAGAAAGCUCUGAAGCUGUGUUCUUCCAGUGAGAAAGAGGUUUGUUAACAGGAACUCAUGAGUUUUAAUUUUGUUUUUUCUUCUUGGUGCCUUUUUUCAUAUCAGAGCCUGAGUAACUUAUUAGUUGCCUGUUUGCCAGAAGGUCGAAUUAAGCAACAAGUGCCUUCACUAAGACACAUUUUAGUGAAAGUUAUUUCUCUUUUCAAUAGUUCUGUCCAAACUGACAGUCCAGAGCCCUGCCCAUGCAUAUGUUUCUCUUGUAUUGUGGCUGUCAAUGAGCUUUCCUCAUGCUGACUUGCUCAGAAAGGAUCUUCUUGUUCUUGCAUAGUACCUAAUGCUGUGGUCCUAAUUCCCUCUAGACGAAUAAAACACGUUGCUAAGAUUUUUUUUUUUUUUCCAGUAGUGGAAAUCAUGGAAGGAAGAACUUCAGCAUCUUCAGGUCACAUCAGUUUGCAUAUACCAAAGAAGAAACUAAACACCAAGUCAGAGGAUGUCCAAGUUCAGUCCCCUUUGACAAGGCUCCCAGACUCCCACCGUUGGGUCUACCCUUUAAAAGAGUGGAGAUUAAGUGCCAGGAACAGAGAGUCUUCUACAAGGAGAAAAAGGCAAAGGGACUGUGACAGAUGCAGCUGUAAUGAUGAAGAAUCAAUCGGGCAACCCAAAGUUAUCUUGACGAAUGUCCUGAGGACGAAAAUAGGACGAAAAUACACACAAGCGCAACCUAAAACUGAUGCUAAUUUUUCUGAUGCUGACAAGCUGCAGUUAGAUCAACUACCUUCGUCAUCUGUUGCCAGCCUAAAGAUAUGGCAAAUUUUAAACCCUACUCUCCAAAGCCUUUUUCUAUCCAAAAGGCAACCCAAAGUUAUGUUGACGAACGUCCUGAGGACGAAAAUUGGAAGAAAAUACAUAAACAGCCACGUAAUAGUUGAUGCUAAUUUAUCUGAUGCUGACAAGUUACAAUCAGGUCAACUGCCCUCAUCAUCUGUUGCCAGCCUACAGACAUGUCAAAUAUUAAGUCCUCCUCAGGAAAGUUCUUUUCUGUCCAAAAGGAAUGAGCAUUGCCUGAGAAAGACAGACGAUGGCCCUUGUAAAUUGACCGAGCCUUCUAAGGAAUCAGAAAGCAAUAAUUUUGUCUUCGCUUUUAGAAAACGUGAGCUGCAGAAGAAAGAAAACAAGAACUAUGUUGAAGUGGAUAAGAGGAACAAAAGCAUGAGCAGUACCUCUCUUAGUUGGAAGGGAUCAGACUCCUUUGAUUCUGAGAGAAGGAAAAGAAGAUUUAGCGAUGAUUGUAAUUCACAUAUUCCAGAAAAAUCACUUCUAACAUCUAAAGAGCAAAGAUUGAGUUCAACUCAGUCUCCUGGCUGCAGAAACCUUUGUGAGGAUGAACAAAGUCACAGGUCUGCCCUGGUGCGGGACUGUGUUCCGCAGCUAUCAGAGACGGGUCAUAAAGACGCUUCCACCCACAGCCGUUUAAGGUCUGCUCACAGCUGCGCAGAGGUACUUGGCUCAGAGUCUCCUCCCAGAAGCUUGUUGGAGAAGCAGCUUCCUGCUUCCGAUGAGGACACGAUUUCACCACGAGUCAGUACCAUCAAGAAAUUAAAGGUGGAUACGUCGCAGUAUCUGAGCAAGUUGCGGAACAGAAUCUGCAGGGGUAAUCAGCCGCUUGUUUCAGUUGAGCCAAUUGUCCUUUCCAGUGAUGAUGAGGAUGGCUCUUCUGAACCAAAGUGCAUAGAGCCGCUGCAGGAUAAUAUUACUGAAGAUAAAGAAACAGACCAAGAGCCUGAUUUAUCUUUCUCAAAAAUGCUAUUGGAAGACAGGAUGGAAAGUCACACAGAGCAGCUUUUAAUGGAGUCAGCUGAAGAUAAAUGUCCUGUCAGCUUACCUUCUGGUAGCACACCUAGUGAACAGAUGAACCCAGCAUUGGAUAUUGCAUUUACUAGUCUAUACAUCGGGAGAUUUAGUUGGUCAUCAGCAGGUCAUGCUAGGUUUACAAUCAGGUAUAUUAUGAUCCCAUUUCAGGUGGCUCUUAAUAAGAAUAUUAAGCUGACAGUGGAUACCCUGGAUCUGAGAAGGUUUGGUCUGUGGAGAAGUGACGGUGGCUGUUCCUCAAGGACAAUUAUUUUCCUUUGGUUGUCCGCAGAUUAUGUAGAAAAGAUGGAAACCCAAUUAGGAAAGUCUAUUUUCAGCACGCCAUCCAAAUCUAGUGAAUUUGUUUUUCUUGAACUAUCCCAACCACUCACAGAGUGGGAAGAAGUUAGAUUGGCUGAAUUAAUUACGAAUGUUAGCAAGAGGAACAGAGCACCAGAUCUCCCUGAGUUUUUGUCUUUGAAGCAAGCUUUACCAUUGUUUAAGGAUCUUUCUGCUGAAGAGAGCUCUUUUAUGAGUUACAGUAAGGAUCUACUAAAGCAAUGUAUGCCGAAAGAGAGUACCUCAGAUGUGCAUGAGCCUGCAUUUCGGGAAUCAAAACCAAAAGUGGCCAGGCCUAGUUAUGCACUUGCAAAUAAGCAGAACAGUGGUUGCUAUUCCAUUUCUCUGUCCUCUGCACUGAAUGAAGAAUGGAAAGAAGUAAGAGAAACUGGAGCAGUUAAGAAUUUGAUUGUUUAUCCACCUCCACCUGCAAAAGGAGGCCUUGGAGUCACAAGAGAAGAUCUAGAGUGCUUAGAGUAUGGAGAAUUUCUCAAUGAUGUCAUCAUUGAUUUCUAUCUUAAAUACCUCUUGUUGGAGAAAGCUCCAAAACAUCUUGCUGAUCGUACACAUAUUUUUAGCAGUUUCUUCUAUAAGUGCCUGACCAGGACAGAAAAAAACUCGGAAGGGGAUCCCAAACUUUCAGCAGCACAGAGAAGACACAAAAGAGUAAGAACGUGGACUCGUCAUAUAAACAUCUUCAGCAAAGAUUUUAUCUUUGUGCCUGUGAAUGAGGAGUCUCAUUGGUACAUUGCGGUCAUCUGUUUUCCGUGGCUAGAAGAAGCUGUGUUUGAGGAAUGUCCCCAUCAGACUUCAUUAUAUCACCAGCUUCAACAAUCUCCACUUCAGGCAGAGAAGGAGAGUCAGAGCACUAGAACCAGUUCAGUGUUGGCCUUUCCUGGUAACUGCAAGGAUGAAGAAAUGGAUGCAAACAGAAGUUUAUUCUCAAAAGGUGACAGCCAUGAUGCUGCAGUUCUGGACUCGGAUAUUUCUAAAAACUCUCUAAGUAAUUCCAGAAGGCAAAUUUGUAAAAGGCCUUGUAUACUCAUCUUAGAUUCUUUAAAGGCUGGCUCCUUGCAGAACACAGUUCAGGUUUUGAGAGAGUACCUGGAAGCAGAAUGGGAAGCUAAACGAAAAACACACCGGGAAUUCAGUAAAUCAACCAUGGUUGACUUCUGUCCCAGAGUGCCUAAACAGGAUAACAGCAGUGACUGUGGGGUAUAUUUGCUGCAGUAUGUGGAAAGCUUCUUCCAGAAUCCCAUCGAUAACUUUGAACAGCCAAUGCAUCUGGAGAAGUGGUUUCCUCGUCAGGUGAUCAGAAGCAAACGAGAAGAAAUUCGAGACCUGAUCUUGCAAUUGCACUUUCAACAGCAUAGUGGCAGCAGCAGCUAAUAAAUCUGCUCAGCCAGACCUGGCAAAGACAGGGCUAUAUACAGUAACUGGAACUCUCCUUAGCAGCAUUUGGGCUCUUUCUGCCUUACAAGUCUGAAAAAAAUACCACAAGAAGUAUUUUGUUUGUUCAUUGUACAUUUUAUUUAAAUAAUUUUUUCAUUUCGAUUGUGCGGUCAUAGAAUGCAGUGAUGGGAAAGGAGAAGGCUAUAGAUAAAAGUGUAAAUAUGUAAGUUAAAGCUAGUUCAUAUUUGUUGCUAAUUGAACUUUUACUUGGAAUAUGGAAGCUACGUUUGGGUAUGUGCCACAAAGAUGUAAAAAUAUUUUGAUCUUACGAAGCCUGUUUCUUACAAUUCUGUAUAAACAUAACUUAGAGUUGAAUGAGCAUAUAGCAGUCAGGCCUGAAGACAGGAUUUUGACCCUGUGCUGUGACUCUUUCUACUUUGCAGUUCACACAGAAUGAAUACUAUGUAUUGUUUUAAUUUAAGGUUAUAAUAUUGACUCUCUUUAGAGAUUUUUUUUGUUUGUUUCUGAUUAUAUACAGAAAUAGUCUGCAUUUGUCAGAAUAUUCUGCUGAGAUUUGCGGCUGCUGGAUUUUGUUUUUUUUUUUUUCCUCCCUCGCAUUUUCAUCAUAAAAACUUAUUUUCAUGGGAGUUGAAGCCAUUUACUUCAGAGUGAAUUUUGAAACCUUUUAAGUUCAAAAGUGGUGGUCUCUUUCCUAUAUUUUUAAAGAUUUUUUUUUUCUUAACCAGAUUUUAGAAAAAAAUCUUACUGUCAAAGUAUGUGCCAAUACAUGAAGGCAGUAGAUUUUUAGUCCUACAUACCGUAGUUUUGGGAGUUAUACCUCUGAAUUUUAUGGCAUCAUUUGCCUUAAAAAAGCAAGCAAGCUGUAGUUUCGUAAGUUUAUUUGAGAUGUUUUACUGAAAAGUAAGCCCUUAUUUUCAUUCAUAAAGGUCAUUGUUAUAUGUAAUAUGUCUUUAGGAUAUGUAAAUUACAUAUAAGACAAACAGGUUUUAUACUUUGCUCAGGAGAACUGAGUAAAGAUGCCCACAUGUGUGAGUACUUGAACUUGGGGACUUGAUUUGAUAAACUAGCACAAGUUGGCUAAGUAUGCAUUGACAAAGUUUUUCUCAUAUAUUGAUCACAGAAAACUGUAAUAGCCUUUUCAUAUGUGCACGUUUUUUCUCACGGUCACUGCAUAAUGUGAGGUGGCUGUGUUUAGAAGAAGGCUUUCUCCUGUUCCCCAGAGUAAGUCAAGUCAUGUGUCGCAGCAGCUUUCGGAAGGGGACCAUAUGUCAGCUAACCACCAAAACCACUGUGUCAUAAACAUAUCUACAAAACCAGGCCUCUUAAAGCUGCAAGUAGGCUAGAGAGUUAAAAUGAAAAUUGAGGGCAACCUAAAGAUGUGAUCAGUUUUCUGGUGUCUCGAAAUUCUCAGGGCCCCUUCCCUCAAGGCAACUCUGAUACUUUACAUUGCAAAAUCUGGUAGUUUCUUCAGGUUCCGUGCAGUUAUCCAAAAAAAAAGGAUUGUUUCGGGAACCAGGAAGCAUUCUUUCUGGAAAAGAGAGACAAUAUUAAAACGAAAUUAUUUGCUGGUCGCAGUUACAUACUGUAUAACUGUGGGCAGCCUGGUGCAAAUAAUGCAUGUGUUUGACUUCAUUUCCACUUUAAUACUGUAGUUUGUCACUACACCCAUCACCCUCCUCCUCAACUUCUAUCCCCAUCAUCCCAGAGCGUUUUGUGGCUUUCAUCACCUAAACCACAUCAGCGCUACAGGGAUAAUCUGUGUAUUUAUUAUAAAAUAGAUAAAAGAAUGAAUUCAGAAAUGUGUGCCCUUUCUCUGUAUCUUUUAAAUUGUGAAUAUUUCUGAUGUUCCCUUAAAUUUGUAUUAUAAAUCGUUUGGGGUUUUGCUACUGUAAAAAUUGGUUUCCAUCAUAAAGUAAUAUUUGUUUUCCUUUAGAUUGGCUGGUUUGUAGAUAUUUAAAAGCAAAAGUCCUGUGUAAACUUUCCUGAAUUGGUUUUAUAACAUUUUAAAGGAUUACUUUCAUACAUAGAGUAAUGCUAGAUGUGUGCUGUGAGAAUGCCAAUACAUUUGAUUUAAAAAUCUCCAGAAGUUGCUGAAUGUGAUCGUUACCAUUCCUUUUCUCUGCUGCCACAAAUAACCAGAGAGUAAGCAUAAGAUACACCGUCUUACUGCUUUUA